AUGCUUGGCCAAGUUACUUUUGGUUGGAUAGACAAGCGUUGCAAACAAGCAACUGGUUAUAAUGACAAAGUAUUUGGUGGAAAAUCUUUGAUUUUAACUGGCGAUCCAGGUCAAUUGCCACCAGUAGCAGAUAAGCCCCUUUAUCAUGGUAAACCAUCAAAUGCUGUUGGUGAACAAGGUUAUCAAGCAUAUCAUAUGUUUGAAAAAGUUGUUAAACUCACUGUAAAUCAACGUGUGCAAGGUAUGACAUCUGAACAAGUACAGUUCAGAGAUUUGUUGUUACGACUUCGCAAAGGUGACUCAACAGUCGAUGACUGGAAAUUACUUCUGACACGUCAACCAUCGAAUGUCACUAAUUUAUGUGACUUUCAAGAUGCUACUAGACUCUUCUAUAGUAAUGAACAAGUUGCAAAUUACAAUAAUGAACAGUUAACAAAACUUGAGCAUCCAAUUGCUCAUAUUAAUGCUCGCCAUUCCUCUGCAUUGGCAAAAAAGAUAUCUUCAGAUGAUAUGUCUGGGUUACAACCUGUUGUGUUUCUAGCAAAAGGUGCUAAGGUGAUGUUAACUAUGAAUUUCUGGUCAAGUGUUGGCCUCUGUAAUGGGGCUACUGGAACAGUUAUUGAUAUUAUCUAUCAGAACAACCAUCAACCACCUGACUUACCUAUUGCCGUGAUAGUAGAAUUUGAAAACUAUAGAGGACCUGUUUUUAAUGAAAGCCAACCAUUGUCUAUCCCAAUAUGUCCAAUCACUGUCACAUCACAGACAGAAAUAGGUUUCCAUGAGAGGCAACAGUUACCUCUUAGGCUUGCUUGGGCUCUAACAAUACACAAGAGCCAAGGACUAACACUUCCAAAAGCAUGGAUAGAUAUUGGCAAAUCUGAAAGAACUGCUGGAGUUUCUUAUGUUGCUAUUAGCAGAGUAAAAUCACUUGCAUCUUGUAUCCUGAAGCGAAAAGAAUUGUUAUGCUAUGUGCAUGAAGUCACCCCUGUGCAGAAAUCCGGGAAAGUAAAAUACACCACUUGCCAGCUGCAAACAUCUCAGAAUUCCAUGAUGAGGGCAAUCUGUUUUUCACCAGAAAAAACAAGUCCCUUAAAGUCGGCAAUGACAAAUAAAAGUCCCAUCAAGAUAAAGAAGUUUGACUACAAUGACAAGUUCAACAACAUUGUGAUAAAGAACAACACUUCAAUCACCCCACAUCAUAAAGCACUUCCUUUUGAUGCAACUCCAGUUUUGCAACACCAUGUUCUUACAAUAAAAGAGUUGCAAACAACCUCACCUCAGCAACUAGUAACCAUCAAAGCCACAGUAAAGAAUAUGUCAGGUGUGAAAAAAGUUACUAUGGACACAACCACUCUAAGUAAAGUAUCGGCAACAUUGGUGGAUCCAACAGGCUCAAUCACAGGUGUCUUCUGGGAAGAGUGGGUCAAGUGUAUUCAGCAAGACCAUACCUAUCUGUUCACUAAUAUAAGGGUGAAGAAGGACAAUUACACCGGCGAAUUGUUUGUUAAUACUGCCAAAGAAGGUUUUAAUGUUCAAGAAGUGGAAGCUUUCACUGAAGAAUUACCUCAAGCACAAGCAAGUAUGCUGCAACUGUCAACAAAGGAUGUUUCUGCAGUCGUUGUUGGUGUAAAAUCCAUAUCCUCAUACUACACCUGCAAUGCUUGUGGAGGGAAAGCUGAAGAGAUUGGGAACAAGAUAAAGUGCGAGUCUUGUAAUCUUCGUCAAAAAGUACGACCUGAAAGCAAGCAUUGGUAUUGUCGCAUUUUUGUAGAAGAUAUUCAAACAAAAGAAAAGAUGUACCUGAGUGUUUUCCACCAGCAACUCCUUCAGAUAUUUCAAGCUGGUAACCAAGAGCUUAAUGGAGCAUCUACUGAGAUUGAUAUAGAAGACUUUCUUUUGAAUUCAGAUGAGCCAUUAAAAAUCAGUUACAAUAUCUCAAAUGGGAAAGUUACAGAUCUUUUGUCAUAA